GACGGGGAGUCCGAUUCUCCGCUCGAAGGGGAUUCAGACUCACUGCUGGAAGGCAAGUCCGACGUACCGCUCGAAGGAGAGUCUGAUUCACCGCUAGACGGGGAGUCCGAUUCGCCACUCGAGGGCGACUCUGAUUCACCGCUCGAAGGCGACUCAGAUUCACCGCUAGACGGAGAGUCCGAAUCACCACUUGACGGAGAAUCCGAAGUGCCGCUUGAGGGGGAUUCAGAUUCACCACUGGAAGGCGACUCCGAGUCACCACUGGAAGGCGAGUCCGAUGCACCA